AUGGACACUAAACUCCAUGACUUUUCGAUUGCAGCAUCUAUCUUGUUCCUAUCACUGCUCCCGUUCCGAUUGUUUAACCUUCACCAUGAGAAGGUUAAGACUGUGCCGGGAUACCAUGGUCUUUUCAAGUUGACACUUGCAGUUGCGUUGGUAGCAUUACAGUCAAUCAUUGUGGCUACUACAGUGCUCCCAGUUUUCCAUUUCAACAUCGAAUUCUUGUCUACUAUCGUUACCCUCGCAGCCUUUAUAGGCCUCUGUCCUUUGGUGUUCUUGGAACAUGCACGCUCUAUCAAACCAUCAGACCUUGUAGUUAUCUACCUCCUUGUGUUAUCAGCAUACGAUUCUCUUAGUUUCGGAAAAGCAUUCCUCGCCAACGAACCACGUGCGGCUAGCUCCCUGGCUGCAUCAAGCCUUUGCCUCAAACUGUUAUUACUAGCUUAUGAAAGCCAAGGCAAAGAAAAGCUGUUGAGGGAGCCCAGAGGCCAGUGGUCUCCGGAACAGUUAGCCGGUGUAUUGAAUAGGCUGUUCUUUUGGUGGAUCAACACGAUUCUUCGUUAUGGAAACCGAAAUAUUCUCAACGGAGACAAGCUUCCGCCUAUUGAUGAUAAGCUAUCAUCGGACUUGUUGCGCCGCCAGGCUUUAAAGGCUUGGGACCAGAGAGCGAAGCCUGAGAGGAAAACAACGUUGCCUCGUGUUUUGCUUCGAAGCAUGUUGUCACACUUCGUGGCGCCAGUUAUACCUCGCCUUUCUUUGAUUGCUUUUCGCUAUGCUCAACCGAUUCUUAUCAGUACGGCAAUUCGCUACAUGAGCAAUUCUCCAGUUGAAGACCCAGCGGGAGGGUACUCUGUGAUUUUAAUGGCGGUUGCCGUCUACGUGGGCUUGGCGAUAUCCAGCGCAAUGUACUCUCAUAGUUUGAAUCGGCUGAAAAUCAUGAUCCGGGGCGCAGUUGUUGGCCUUAUCAACAACAAGUCGCUAAGGCAAAGAUCUGGCGGCUAUGAUGACGGAAGGGCCGUAACGCUGAUUACUACAGAUGCAGAGAGCAUAGGCCAGACUGCGCGUAUGUUUCACGAAACGUGGGCUCAGGUCAUUGAGGUUGUAGUGGGUACUGUCAUGCUUGCCGGGAAAGUCGGAUGGGUAUGCCUGGUCCCUUUUGGAAUGAUAUUUUUUUGCUCUCGCAUGAGUCGAUAUUUGGCGAAAAACUUACAAGGCCGACAAAAGAACUGGAAUGCGGCUACCCAGGAACGUCUGGCUACGAUUACUUCGAUGCUUGCCUCCAUGAAAAGUUUGAAGAUGCUGGGAGUCUCAACUUAUACCGAAUCACUAGUUUGCAAAUUAAGGCUUCGGGAGCUAGAAAUGGCUAACAAGGUGCGGUGGAUGAUGGUUGCUUAUAAUGCAAGUGCGAAUGCCCUGGGGAUAUUCUCUCCAAUCAUUACACUGGUUCUUUAUGCGCUUUUGGCCAAGUGGAAUGGCUCUGCGUUAGACACCGAAACGGCUUUUACAACUACCGCCCUUCUCGGAUUAGUGACCCACCCAGCAAACAUGAUUAUGACGAUCAUACCUCAAGCAGUAGGAGCCUUGGCUGCUUAUGAACGGGUUCAAGACUUUCUGUUGGAGCCGCCUCGAAGUGAUCAAAGAUUACUACUUCAAAAGACAGACAAUGGUCCCAGCGAAGCUACGCCAGCCAUUCGCGUAAACAAUGUCACGAUUAAUCCCACUCCGUCAGCGGCUCCAAUUCUAGAAAACAUCAAUUUUGUCAUCAACAAAGGGUCACUAGUUAUGUGCUCCGGACCAGUAGCGAGUGGAAAAAGUGCAAUUAUCAAAGCAAUUUUAGGUGAGCUUCCUACGACUGUUGGGGAGAUAUCAGUGUCCUCGAAACGAAUAGGGUACUGCGAGCAGUCACCGUGGCUGCCGAGCGGAACUGUCAAAGAUGCUAUAUGUGGUUUUCUGCCAGAAGACGCUACUUGGUAUGAACGAGUUCUUCAACUUUGCUGUCUCAAGGAAGACAUCUUGUCACUUCCGAACGGAGACCACACAAUGAUUGGUAGUCGUGGCUUGAACCUCUCUGGAGGACAACGUCAACGCGUGGCUAUUGCGCGCGCUGUAUAUAGCCGCUGCGACAUCGUGCUUCUAGAUGAUAGUUUUAGUGCCUUGGAUGGUAAGACCGAAACUCGAAUUGCAGACAAUCUUCUUGGUCUAGAGGGCUACUUCAGAAAGGCUGGAACAGCUGUCCUAUUCAUAACCAACUCUACUGCACAUUUUCAUUUGGCAGAUGAAUUGAUUAUCCUUGGUAGCGGGUCAGUUCAAUACCAAGGAACCUGGAAGAACUUAGCACAAAAGCCAGACGGUAUCCUUAAAUUCAACAUCAACGACAACCACAACAACAGUAUCGACGAAGACCAUCAGCUAGACAAAACUAUGCAGAGCAAGAAUUUGAAAGUAGCGGAAGCCACUUGCGAUCUCAAAAGGGCGACAGGAGAUGUUUCUCUAUAUGAUUACUAUUUCCGAGCUGUUGGCUUUCGAAACAUCUUACUCCUUCUAAUUUGCACAUCAUUGUACUCGUUCUUUAUAACGUUUCCCCAGUACCUGUUACAAAAGUGGACCGAGGCGCCAGCAUCCCAGACAACGUUCUACAUAGGAGGCUAUCUCAUUUCUUCCUUGCUGGCCUGGAUCUCGACUAACGGUUCCAUGUGGUCUACUCAUAUCCGUGUUGCGCCGGAGUCAGGAGCCGAAUUACAUCGCCGACUUCUCUCUACCAUAAUUGGUGCACCGCUGUUGUACUUUUCAGCUACUGACAACGGAGUUAUCCUGAAUCGUUUCAGUCAAGAUAUACAAAUGGUGGAUAGGCAGUUGCCGCCAGCUAUUUUGUCACUUUCAAAUCAAAUUUUCAAGCUUCUUGUGCAAACAUCUUUGCUUUUUAGCGCACAAAAGCUUAUGGCAUCCACACUCCCUCUCUGCAUCAUAGUGGUAUACAUUGUGCAGAAAGUUUAUUUGCGCACAUCGCGCCAACUGCGAUUACUUGAUCUGGAGUCUCAGUCAGCCGUUUAUUCGAGCUUUCUAGAAUCGACGGAAGGAAUCACAACUAUUCGUUCUUUUGGAUUAGAGAAGCAAGUUGAGGACGCAAACAUCCGAUGCCUUGAUAAAUCUCAGCAACCUGCCUACAUCUUGUCCUGUCUUCAGCAGUGGCUGUGUGUUGUCCUUGAUCUAAUGGUCGCUGCUAUUGCAACUGGCCUCAUUGCUCUUGCAGUUUUAAUGAGGGGGACAACCACAGCUGGACAAAUCGGCAUGGCACUAAAUCUUGUGCUGGUUGCUAACUCAACUCUUCUGAGCCUUGUGUCGUCCUGGACCAACUUGGAAAUAUCUCUAGGUGCUAUAUCACGGUUGAAGAAUCUCGAAGCUGAGACACCUAAGGAGGACAAGCCCCAUGAGAAUUACAAGCCUGCUAAAUCCUGGCCAUCAUCCGGAGUUGUCCAACUGGAUAAUGUAACAGUAGCAUACAAUCCAGACGCAUUGGCUCUUGAGAAUAUCUCAUUGAAGGUUUCAGCAGGCCAACAAUUAAUUGUCUGUGGCCGCACUGGCAGUGGAAAGAGCACCCUGUUACUGACUCUCUUACGUCUUUUGGACCUUAAGAGUGGAAGUAUCAAGAUCGAUGGGGUUGAUAUAAGUCUGAUACCACGAUCCUUGGUUAGGCAACAAUGCUUCAUCACAAUCUCACAGGAUCCCUUUUCUUUUGGCCAAGCUAGUCUUCGCUUCAAUUUAGAUCCUUCUGGUUCCCUCUCAGACGAAGCGCUAGUUUCAGCUCUUCAAAAAACAUCCCUAUGGACACAUUUUGAGUCAGGACAUUAUUCAUCUAUGUCUUCAAAGGGCGGUCAAAUAUUAGACUGUAACAUGUCAUCACUGCCGCAGAUGUCCACGGGCCAGUCGCAACUUUUCGCUGUGGCCCGAGCCAUCCUUCAACUUCAAGCUUUGCGGCAGCGAACCCGCCCGUCCGAGUCCGAACCCACCUAUGAACACGUUAUGCCGAUUCUUUUGCUUGAUGAAGCCACAUCGUCACUUGACUCGCACAGCGAAUCAGCCAUACGUAGUAUUAUACAUCAGGAGUUUACAGAAAAAGGACACACUGUUAUUGCCAUUGCGCAUAGACUGAACGGAAUAGAUGACAAGAUGCGAACUGGACAAGAUAUUGUCGCUCUUUUCUCGAAGGGGAAGGUCGAAAAGAUUGGCAAUGUCAAUGAGGUCUUGGGAACUACAGAUCUGCAUGGUUGA